AUGAGUUCCCUACGAUUCCUCGAUCUGGUGAAGCCGUUCGUGCCGUUCCUCCCAGAGGUUCAGCAGCCGGAGACCAAGAUCCCUUUCAACCAGAAGCUCAUGUGGACGGCCCUCACCCUCCUCAUCUUCCUGGUCAUGAGCCAGAUGCCUCUCUACGGUAUCGUCUCCUCCGACAACUCGGAUCCUCUAUACUGGCUGCGAAUGGUCAUCGCAAGUAACCGUGGUACACUGAUGGAAUUGGGUAUCACCCCCAUCAUCUCCUCUGGCAUGGUGUUCCAGCUCCUUGCUGGCACCCACAUGAUCGACGUCAACCUUGACCUCAAGUCCGACCGCGAGCUCUACCAGACCGCCCAGAAGCUUCUGGCCUUCAUCCUCUCCGCCGGUACUGCUACUGUCUACGUCUUCUCUGGUCUCUAUGGACCUCCCUCCGACCUUGGUGCUGGUAUUGUCUUCCUCCUGAUCCUCCAGCUUGUUGUUGCCGGUAUGAUUGUUAUCCUCCUCGACGAGCUCCUCCAGAAGGGCUAUGGUCUUGGCAGCGGUAUCUCUCUGUUUAUUGCCACCAACAUCUGCGAGUCCAUCAUGUGGAAGGCUUUCUCUCCCACCACCAUCAACACUGGCCGUGGUCCCGAGUUUGAGGGUGCCGUCAUUGCCCUCUUCCACCUCCUCAUGACCUGGCCCAACAAGCAGCGAGCUCUCCAGGAGGCUUUCUACCGCCAGAACCUCCCCAACAUCAUGAACCUCCUUGCUACCAUUGCCGUCUUCGCUGCUGUCAUCUACCUCCAGGGUUUCCGCGUCGAGAUCCCCGUCAAGUCUUCUCGCCAGCGUGGUGCUCGUGGAUCUUACCCCGUCCGCCUGUUCUACACCUCCAACAUGCCCAUCAUGCUGCAGUCCGCUCUUUCUUCCAACGUCUUCCUUAUCAGCCAGAUGCUCUACUCCCGCUUUUCUGAGAACCUCCUUGUCCGUCUCUUUGGUGUCUGGGAGGCUAAGGAUGGUUCUUCUCAGCUCCACGCUGCUUCUGGUCUCGUCUACUACAUGUCUCCUCCCCAAAACCUGAAGGAGGCUCUUCUCGACCCUAUCCACAUGAGCGCCUACAUUGUCUACAUGCUCGGUGCUUGCGCUCUCUUCUCCAAGACCUGGAUUGAGGUUUCUGGCUCCAGCCCUCGUGAUGUUGCCAAGCAGCUCAAGGAUCAGGGUCUCGUUAUGGCUGGUCACCGUGAUCAGUCCAUGUACAAGGAGCUCAAGCGCAUCAUUCCUACUGCCGCCGCCUUUGGUGGUGCCUGCAUUGGUGCGCUCUCCGUCACCAGUGACCUUUUGGGCGCUCUUGGUUCCGGUACCGGUACUCUGCUUGCUGUCACUAUCAUCUACGGCUAUUUCGAAAUCGCCGCCAAGGAGGGUGACAUGGCCGGUAUGAAGGGCAUGAUUAUGGGCUAA